ACACUCAACAGAAUCAACAGUCGCACUGAAAUCUCGGAAAUUUCGCAGUCUGCAAAAGCUCGCCACUUGACCAAUUAUAUUUCCCAAAAUGCCCUCGGCCGGAACCACCAUCCACAUGACGGCCCUGGACGGCAUCGUCACCGUGAACUCCCUCUUCACCCUGGCCGUCUUCAUCGGCCUCACAUGGGACCCCAGAGACCCUUCCAACACCCUCAUCGAGCCACCAGACUCCGCCACGUGCACCCCCGGCCCGUCCGUCGCGCAGGACCUCGUCGCCUUCCACGUGUACUCCUUCUCCUCCUUCCUCUUCUCCAGCCUCGUCGCCCUGGGCCUGAAACAGGGGAUCCGCCUCACCCGGAUCCCCUCCUACCACCCCGCCGAGAUUCUCGCCCGCGUCAACAGCACCCUUCUCCGCGCCGGCAUGCUCGUCUCCGGCCUCGGCUCCGUCUCCGGCUGCGUCUUCCUCAUGCUCGCCUUGGUCAACGUCGUCCAGAUCAAGCUCGGCACUCUCGCGUGUGGCAGCGACCACACCCUCGCCGCCGUCAUCCCUCUCGUCAUCUUGGUCCCGGUGGCGCUUGUCAUCUACGUCGUCACUGUUCUCUACGCUUUCACGCGGUGA